CUGAUUGUAGGUCUACUCUGUGACAUUCUAUGGGCUGACCCGGACAAGGAGACUCGAGGUUGGGGUGAGAAUGACAGAGGCGUUAGCUUUGUGUUCGGUGUGGAUGUGGUGGAAAAAUUCCUGCAUCGUCACGAUCUCGAUCUUAUUUGUCGUGCUCAUCAAGUGGUGGAAGAUGGAUACGAGUUCUUUGCUCAGCGUCGCCUUGUCACCCUCUUUUCGGCACCAAAUUAUUGUGGCGAAUUCGAUAACGCCGGUGGGAUGAUGUCAGUAGACGAAACACUUAUGUGCUCCUUCCAGUUGUAUUUCUCUGAAGAAUUCUUCAUGAAUUUGGACAAUAGCGUACGGCGGGAUAGUUUUUUGCUGUACCUGGGAGUGCCCAAGGCUGCUCGCAGUUGUAGUAGUAACCCUUAA